AUGCCCCUGAUCGAAGAGCAAAUUCAUGAGACGUUUGCUAAUAAUGCGGAAAGUUUAGAGGGGAGGCUGCUGUUUGCGGUGCCCAAGAAGGGUCGAUUAUUACAAGCAGCUCUUAACCUGCUCGAAGGCGCAGACAUACAGUUCCGGCGAGAAUCGCGGCUCGACAUCGCCCUCGUGAAAAAUCUCCCUAUUGCGCUCGUCUUCCUGCCGGCUGCUGACAUCCCUACGUUCGUUGGCGAAGGAAGAGUUAGUCUUGGGAUAACUGGAAGGGAUACGGUCGCAGAACAUGCAGCUUCUGUAGUUGCUGCCAAACGGGAACGGGCGGAAUCUGGACAAUCGACGCCGACCGACGAGGAGGACCUCAUUGGCUGUGAGGAGGUGAUGGAGCUAGGGUUUGGUUCUUGCAAAUUGCAGGUUCAGGUACCGGAGAAGGGCCAGUAUGCGAAGCCGUCGGACUUGAUUGGAAAGAAUAUCGGAACCAGUUUUGUCCACCUGGCCGCGGAUUACUUUGCUGGUCUAGAAAAAGAGGCUGCCGAGAGCAACGGGGAGAAAAAGCUGAAGACGAACAUUAUCGAGCUCAGCGGGAGCGUGGAGGCAGCAUGUGCUCUAGGUGUCGCAGACGGAAUUGUUGAUCUCGUUGAGUCUGGCGAGACAAUGAAGGCCGCAGGCUUGAAGCCAAUUGAUACUGUAGUAUCCAGCAUUGCAGUUUUGGUGAAAUCAAAGAAGCCGUCAAAUCCACAAUUAGUCAAUCUCAUUGCUUCAAGGAUACGAGGCGUUAUCACCGCUCAACAAUAUGUCCUUUGCCAAUAUAACAUUCGCCGGGAAAAGCUAGCAGACGCAGCAAAGAUCACACCCGGAAAAAGGGCUCCAACUAUCAACGCUUUAGAAGAAGAAGGAUGGUUGGCUGUCAGCUCCAUGGUGGAGAAGAAGAAGAUCGCUACGGUGAUGGAUGAAUUGGCCGAAGCUGGGGCAGCUGAUAUUUUGGUUCUGAAUAUUACAAAUACUAGAUACUAG